AUGUUCAGUUCAAACGCCGCGAGUGCGGAAGGCAGGCCUUGUGGAGCGCAACCGGGAGGUGGUGGUGGAGGCGGCGGCGCGAAAGCUGCAAAAUUUGUGCUUGUUGAGAGGAAAUUGCCGGUGGAGAUCGUAACCGCGGGGCCUGGGGUUACGGCCACGACGGUGCAGGCCUCAGACGGUUUCGGCGCGAUUGGCCCGAUGGUGACUAUCAGCAACCUCGCGGGGGCCGACGCGACGAACAUGGUUUUGGCGGUGGCAACGAUCGUGCCGGCGUGGUCCUCGGCGAUCAGCACCGUCGCGACCGUGCAGAUGACCAGAGACGUCGCGAUUGGGACCUGGACGGCGACGACCAUGCCUUCGACGGCGGCGGACGACAGCGGCGUGGCUGGGACUUUCCGGAGGAUGACGAGCAGCAGCGCGGCUUCCGUCGGGGUGACGUAUAGUCCAUUUAACUACGCGAAGCACAGGAUAGAUGAGAUCGACGAGCAUAAUUACACGUGCAAAUACACUUUCAUAGAAGGAGAUGCAUUGAUGGACAAACUAGAUCACAUCACUUACCAAGUCAAGUUCGAGCCAUAUGGCUAUGGAGGUUGCGUUUGCAAGGUAACAAGCGAAUACUAUACAAAGGAUAACGUGGAGAUUAAGGAGGAGGAUAUCGAGCAUGGCAAGGAUCGAGCCAUCGGCAUGUAUGAAGUCGUCGAGGCUUAUCUUUUAGCACACCCUCAUUCAUAUACUUGA